AUGGCGGAUGUGGCCCCCUGGGGACAUGGGGGUGACGGUGCUGGUGAUCCACCGCUUCCUCCUGGUGGGAUUCGUGGCACACACGAGACAGACGUGGUUCCCCCAAAGAAGGUUAGAGGGGAAGCUAAAAACGAGAAACUACGACGUCUAGUAAAAGCGGGGGGGCCUGUGUCGCUUACGUUUGAUCGACAGGUCAUGUUUUCAAGCGACAAAUUGGACCAAUACCGGCAACACCUGUCGCCGCUAAAGGUGUCCCUUUCUUGUAGUGACAAUGAAACAACAAAUUUGUCAAAAGAGCAACGAAAAGUUGUUAGAGAAAUAGGGUUUGAGAGCAUACUAUCAUUCAAGCUGCAUUCAGUUCCACGCAAAUUCAGAUAUUGGUUGGUAAAAAACUUUGAUGCUGAAAAUGAUCAGAUAAAUACAGGAGAUGAGAAGAUUAAGAUUACAGCUGAAUUGAUCCAAAAGGUAUUUCAAAUACCAAAUGGAAAAACAGAGAUUGAGGAAAAAUUGAGGCCAAAAGAAACUGAUCUUAUAAUUAAAUUCUGGCGCGGUCAAUUCAGCAAAGAUAUAUUGAAGAGAAUGUAUGCGGCCAACUUGAUUAAAUAUUUAAAAUCAAGAAAUGAGCUUGGAAGAUUGUUCAAACUAAAUUUCUUGGUUAUAUUUUUUACGGUCAUGGCAGAGGCAAUGCAAAGUAGUAAUGUUAAUCAAAGAUUCUUGCCAUCGAUGAAAAGUGACAAAAAAACCAAGGAUUUUAAUUGGUGUGAAUAUAUUCUGACUGUUUUAAGGCGUACAAGAAGACAAUGGCCUGGAAAUGACAAGCUCUUCAAUGGACCUAUUGCAUUGUUAGCGAUACUAUAUGCUUACAAAAAACAAGGAUUUGACGAUGCUGAAAACACUGAAGAGUUCUCUCUUGAUAAAAUUGACUCCACAACAUUACAAGAAUUUGAAGAUGAAUUGGAAAUUGCUGCGCAAAAUGAGGGGAGAUGUCUUGUAAUGGAUAAAGAGAAAAAAAAUGAAAACGAAGAAAUUUUUGAAGAUGAAUCUGAAGAAAAAGACGAAGACGAUGCUGAAGAACACCCAAACAUCAAUAUAAACUCAGAAGAGAUAAAAGAUGAAAACACCUUACUUAAAGCUGCAACAGACUGGAUUGAACAAGAGAAUCAAAAGGAUGUUCAAAACAGCCCACUUAAAACCAAUGAAACUGAGAAAACACAUACAGAAAGUGGAGGAUCAUGGGGGCAAUUCUUCAUUAAACCAUCAAUAGGAAAUAAAGAUAAACUGUGGGUAGACAGUCAAUGCCGACUGCGUAAUUUCAUGCCAUCACAAAAUCAAAGUGAAGGUCUUUCUGACAUUCAUUCAACAAAAAGUGGCGAUGAAAAUAUGAAGAAUAUUGAAGAUAAAAAAUCACAUGAAGAAUAUCUUGUGACUGCCUUGGAUGAUCAUUUUAAAGGAUUUGAAGAAAUUUUCGAAAGCAUCCAAUCAUGCAUAGAUGAGAUCGUUGAAGAAUAUCCAAACAGUGAAGCUGUUCAUAAUAAAGUAAACGAAUGGGCAUCAUUGAUUGAAAAAUUCAACCAUCAAGCUAAAAAGCACAAGAAAGUUAAUAUUGAUUCAACUCUGAUGGAAACACCAUCAAGAUUUCUAAAUUUGAGCCAAAAUGAAGACACCGAAAAUCAAAUCAUUUCAACACCAUUGAUUGUAAAACGCAAUGAUGAUGAUACAAAACGCAAUGAGGAUAACACAACUCUAUUCCAGUCCUCCAAUCCAGAAAAAAUCAGUGAGAAUGAACCUGCAUCUAUUCUGCAAACACACAUUGAAAAACCUUCAAUGGUACAAUCAUCAUUUAGCGAAGAAACUCCAUCAUUAAUGUUGGAGAUAAUCAAAAAGACAGAUGAAGAAGAAAAAAAAUCAAAUAAAAAGAAAAUUGAAGAUGAUGAGGUACCAUCCUUUGAUUUGAAAAUUUCUCAGUUGUCUUCAAAUGUUGAUGAAAAUGAAGUUGAAGUUGAUGCUACUCGCCACGCUGCACAAACCGAAAUUCAAGCGGAAUCUGAAAAUAAAAAAAUCGAAAAAGAAGUUCAAAUUACUGGAAUACAAACAAUGUUUGAUAGAAUUGAAGAACAGGAUACUGAAAAGGAAAUCAAUGAUCUAAUUCAAAACACAUCAUUCCUCAACCCACAAGAAGAUCCGUAUAAACACCUGCAAAAUCAGUUCAUCAAGAACAACCAACAAGUGAUAUAA